AUGAAUAAAAAUGAGAAGAAAACGAAAUAUAUUGAGAGUGAAAUAAGUAUAUAUGAUGAAAAAGAAGCACAAUUUCAAAAUUUAAGUAGUGCAGACAACUUUAAUUAUGAUUUUAAUAAUUAUGUUCAUUUAAUUU